AUGGAAGACUAUUUCGUAAUUUUAAGCCUGAUCGUUAUAACGCUUCUCACUCUUUAUUAUUAUUUUACUUUGAACUUCGAUUUCUGGAAAAUUCGCGGCGUACCCGGGCCUAAGCCCGUCAUUUUCUUCGGCAACGUUAAGGAUUGGGCGACUAGAAAGUUAUCGAUCAGUCAGUUCGUAGCGAAAAUAUAUAACGAAUACAAACACGAGCCGGUGUUCGGCAUAUUUCAACGAUAUACACCCGUUCUGAUCGUUAAUGACCUGAAUUUAAUUAAGGACGUUCUUAUCAGAGACUUCUCUGUGUUUGCAGGCCGUGGUUUAUAUAUUUUCAAAAAGGCAGAGCCAUUGUCGGAACAUCUUUUCCAGCUGGAGCCCGAAAGAUGGAGGCCAAUAAGAUCGAAGCUCUCGCCAGUGUUCACCAGUGGACGGCUGAAAGAAAUGUUUCCGCUUAUAAUAGAGUGUGCGGAACACUUGGAGGAGUAUUUGGACAAAACAGUAAAGAACGGGGAGCCCAUAGAGUGUCGCGAAGUAGCAGCGAGAUUCACGACAGACGUGAUCGGUAGCUGCGCCUUCGGGAUGAACAUGAACUCGUUCAAAGACGAGAACAACAUAUUUCGCCUAAUGGGCAGAAAGGUCUUCCAUACUUGCGCCCAACAGGAGGUGAGAGACGUCUGCAGAGAGUUCAUGCCGUAUUUGUACGAUACAGUUGGCCAUACGUUGCAACCGACCGGUGUCUACAAAUUUUUCACCGACACGAUCGUGGACGCGAUUAAUUACAGAAUAGAGAACAACGUGUUUCGUCCCGAUUUUGUCCACAUGCUGAAACAUCUUAAGCAACAUCCGGACGAGUUGGAAAAUAUCGAACUUACGGACUCGUUGCUCACUUCGCAAGCGUACAUUUUCUUCCUGGCCGGGUUCGAAACUUCCUCGUCGACGAUGGGCUUCGCGCUUUACGAGCUGGCGCAAAACCACCAUAUACAGGAGAAACUUCGAGCAGAAAUCAGGGAACACAGCCCGGAAAAUAGUCAAUUGACGUACAAACAAGUGAAAGGAAUGAAGUAUUUGGAGAUGGUGUUUCGAGAGACGCUAAGGAAGUACUCGAUACUGCCUGUGCUCAUAAGACAAGCAGCGGAGGAUUACACAUUUAGGGGGACGAAAAUUACGAUUCCAAAAAAUACGUCAGUUUGGAUACCAAUAUAUCCUCUUCAAAACGAUCCCGAUAUUUAUCCAGACCCUGAUAAAUUUGACCCUGAAAGAUUUACCGACGAGGCUAUUGCGAAAAGACAUCCAAUGAGUUUUCUAUCUUUCGGUGACGGACCAAGGAACUGCAUAGGUGCCCGUUUCGCGCAUUAUCAAAGCAAAAUUGGACUGAUCACGUUUCUUCGAAAUCAUAAAGUCGACAUUUGUGAAAAAACAACGAUUCCGUUCGAGACUGUGAAACAAUUGUUCUUACUGACGAUUAAAGAAGGGGUUCAUUUGUCUGUAACAAAGGCACCAUAA